UCCUCCGCUGAAGGAGCUCCUUCUCGGCUGCUCCUAGCGGCUGCGCCUUAGCUUCCGCUUCUCCCACAAAAUGGCAGCCGGAUCUUCCAGCGACGGCGGCCUCAUCGCCGGCGUCGACGACUUCUACUUCUCCGUCCUCGCCCACGGGCGAAACGACGACGACACCGUCAAAGACGAGCUCUUCCCGAUAUCCGACAAGAAGUACGCCGCGGAGCUCCAGCUGCAGGAAGUGAUCAUGUCCUCCGCCGUCGCGACGAUCCCGCCACGUUGCGGCAGCCCGGCCGCAGCUGCCUCUAGCAACAACGCCGCAGCAGAAGCGGCGGCGUCGGUUCACGGCAAAGGUGAGUGCUCCUACGCCUCGUCGUCCCGGCCGUCGACCCCGCCCCUUGCCUUCGCCGCCGCCGCAGCCGCGGCGUCGCUCGUCUUCUGCAAGAUCUGCAUGGACGCGGUGCCGCCCUCGGACGCGCACCGCGCCAGCCGCGGCUGCGCGCACGCCUUCUGCGGCGGCUGCCUCGCGCGCUACGUCGGCGCAAAGAUCCAGGACCGGAUUGCCGGCGUCGUGUGCCCCGAGCAGCGCUGCGGCGGCGCGCUGGACCCGGAGCUCUGCCAGGGCAUCCUGCCCCGGGAGGUCUUCGAGCGCUGGGGCGCCGCGCUCUGCGAGUCCAUGCUGCUGGGCGCCAAGAAGACCUACUGCCCCUUCCAGGACUGCUCCGCGAUGCUGCUGGUGGACGAAGGCGGCGGCGACGACGUCGCGGAGUCGGAGUGCCCGAGCUGCAGGAGGCUCUUCUGCGCGCGGUGCGCCGUGGCGCCGUGGCACGCCGGCGUGACCUGCGCCGAGUACAAGGGGCUCCGGAAGGAGGACAGGGGCAAGGAGGACAUGCUGCUGCUCGAGAUGGCCAAGGGGAGGAAGUGGAAGCGGUGCCCCAAGUGUGAGUUCUUCGUGGAGAAACGCGAUGGUUGCCUGCACAUCACCUGCAGGUGUGGCUUCCACUUUUGCUAUGGAUGCGGCGGCCAGUGGGGGACUUCUCAUUCUAGUUGCAGCACAGCGUGAGAUGUGAUGGAAGCGAUCUGGGAUAAAAGCUAGUAUAUUCUGAACAAGAAAUAGUCUUUCAGUAUUUAUCACGUUUUUUGGGUUUGCAUGACUGAUAAAAUCUUCUGAAGCUAAAUGUCUUCGAACUGGGAGAA